AGGGGCGGGAGGAAGGGGCGCGGUCCCGGUCACGGGCGGGAGCGACCGCGGAGCAGCGGCGGCCGGGGCGCACUCCCUCGCUGGCCGCUCUUCCGCACGCCCGUUCCCGGGGCCCGCGCUCCAGGAGGUAAAAGAAAAGUGUAUUUACAUAUUGGGCGUUGGGAGUCCGAGAAGUUUGCUUUUCCAUGAAAAGACUCACCUUUUUCUUUGAUUGCAAGAGUCUGAUUCACUGGACAUGAAUCAUUCCCCUGGCAUUUGAGUCAGCAGGUUAGUGUGAUCUCAAGAGAAAGGUGGGAUAUCAUGGCAUCUAUCUGGGUUGGACACCGAGGGACAAUGAGAGAUUAUCCUGGCUUUAGCGCAUCAGUGGACGCUGAAGCAAUUCAUAAGGCAAUCAGAGGAAUUGGAACCGAUGAGAAAACGCUCAUUAGCAUUCUGACUGAGAGGUCGAAUGCACAGCGGCAGCUGAUUGCUAAGGAAUAUCAAGCAGCAUAUGGAAAGGAACUGAAAGAUGACUUGAAGGGUGAUCUCUCUGGCCACUUCAAGUGUCUCAUGGUGGCCCUCGUGACCCCACCGGCAGUGUUUGAUGCGAAACAGCUGAAGAAAUCCAUGAAGGGCACGGGAACAAAUGAAGAUGCACUGAUUGAAAUCUUAACCACCAGGACAAGCAGGCAGAUGAAGGAGAUUGGCCAAGCCUACUAUACAGUGUAUAAGAAGAGUCUUGGAGAUGAAAUUAGUUCUGAAACAUCUGGUGACUUCCGGAAAGCUCUGUUGACUUUGGCAGAUGGCAGAAGAGAUGAGGGUCUGAAAGUGGAUGAGCAGCUGGCCAAAGAGGAUGCCCAGAUUCUCUAUAAUGCUGGUGAGAACAAAUGGGGCACGGAUGAAGAUACAUUCACUGAGAUCCUGUGUUUAAGGAGCUUUCCUCAACUGAAGCUGACCUUUGAUGAAUACAGAAAUAUCAGCCAGAAGGACAUUGAGGACAGCAUAAAAGGAGAAUUGUCUGGGCAUUUUGAAGACUUACUGCUAGCCAUAGUCUGUUGUGCAAGGAACACGCCUGCCUUUUUAGCUAAAAGACUGCACCAAGCUUUGAAGGGUGCUGGGACUGAUGAGUUUACUCUGAACCGAAUAAUGGUUUCCAGAUCAGAAAUUGACCUUUUGGACAUUCGAGCAGAGUUUAAGAAGCAGUAUGGCUAUUCCCUACAUUCAGCAAUUAAAUCGGAUACUUCUGGAGACUAUGCAAUCACACUCGUAAAGAUCUGUGGAGGAGAUGACUGAGUCAAGAGUGUCAUUUCCAAAGGCUGCCUGCUCCCAUGACGGACUUUUCCCACAGCUCUAAUUACUUCUUUCUCGCAGUAUUUACAAGCACAAGCAAGUGUCAAGAGCAACCUGUUUUCCUAACAGAAAUUUUCAUUGUUCCAUAAUAAUAACAACAAAAAAGUGAUUAUUAUCGUAGAGCAUCUCAUCAUAAUGUAGCCGUUUAUAAAUGAAAGUUUUAAAUGAUAUUAAGGAUCAGCUAAUACUAUCUAAAUUAUAUUUCUGCUUUGGAAGUGAGACUCUUUGUACAGUUCUAAAACAUUAAAUGCAAAACAGUGUAAUACAAGUUCUUGCCUCUGUAAAAGGUAAUCUGCUGUUAUCAUCAACCAGCAUUGUUUGGUACCUGGCACCGACAACUAAUGAUAUUUUAAAACAUGUUUUUGUUGUAAAGCUGUUGCUGCUUCCAUUUGUCUAUCAUCUUAUUAAUCACAUUCAUCCUUAAGAAAGGAAUAAAAACGAAGAUGCAUGUAA